CACUUCGUCGUGUACGCGAACAGUGGUGGGGUUAAGAAAAACGGACUCGCUGUGAAAAUGUACAUAAUAAUGUCGUAUUAAACAAAUUUGUGUAAUUGACAGAGGGCGGAGCAAUAGCUAAUAAAGUAUAAACAAUAGAAACGCACAAUCAGACUAUGAAAUUGCUGCUAAUAUAGCCUCGUGGCCAACGUAGCUGUAUGUUGUUGUUGCCCUAUGUCUUGUUCGACGAUUUCGUUUUAAGGGACCGAUCACCUAACUCAGAUGACAGAUGCAAAAGUCAAAGCUACGUGCAAAUUUGUAAAAUUCAGAUAGGCAACGCACACAGAUAAAACGUCACUGGGCCGUAUAGAAUUAUACAAGAGUCGUAUAUUUUGUACUUUCCCCCCAACCCUCUGAAGAACGAAACUGGUUAUACACACAACGUCGACGACAAACGUCCAAAACGCAGAAGGAACGGGAGCAGCAGCAGCAGCAGCACUAGGCCAUCGUAAGGGGGGAGUGAGGUGAGCAGCACUAACUGGUGCGAUGGACAAAAUCAAACUAAAGGUUAUUGGCGUGCUGCGCGAACGCGACGGCGGCACGAACGUGAAUCGCAGCAGUGGUGUCGGCGGCGGUGGCGGCGGAGUCGUCAACGGUGGUCAUCAGGUGGGCGUGGCCGUCACAAUCGGGGUCACACAGGACAAUGGGGACAAUGGCAACGCCCCUGGAGCAGAACGUAACGAUGCGCUUGCCGUCGGUGUGGGUGGGGCGGCCCGCACUUCGGUGUUAUCGCGACCUCAGACUUCAAAAAUCAGCGCACUAGAUCUAGCCGGGAUUUUGAAUACCCGGCGACGGCUCGAAUGGACAAAGGAAUGGCUGCGCAAGAACCAGGCCGAGUUUCUCAGCAAGGAAAAUCUCCUAAGUGAGCUGCAGUCGAGGAAGAACGAGUGCUACCAUUUGAAUUACUUCCUAGCCAUAACUGAGAGCCAGUUUCGGUACUUGGUGCAGAAGCUGGAGCCGAUUAUCAGUCAGUAUGCGCCUCAGCGCAAAAAGAAAUCCUUCAGUGCUGAGGAGCGACUAGCCAUCACGCUCAAAUAUUUGGCAACGGGUGAAGUACAUUCCUGUCGAAACUACUGCUUCCGUGCCUCGAAGUUUGUGAUAAACGAGAUGAUUGCCAAUAUCUGUCUGGGCUUCUACGAGCACCUCAAGGACCAAUACGUGCAACUACCAAAGACUGAUGAGCAGUGGCGCAACGCGGCCACAGACAUGGAGCGCAAGCACAACCUGCCACAGUGUGUGGGCAACCUGUUCAUGCGCAGCAUACAACUACAGAGCAAUGCCGCAGGCGGCUCAGGCGCUAGUGAUGAUCGUAAACGCGCCCCCAUCAUUUUCACAGGCAUUGUGGAUGCAGAAAACAAUUUCCAAUAUGUGAACGUUGAACGUGCCACCAAUAGUCGGCCCAACGACAUAUACAACCAGACAACUGCCGUGGAACUGUUAGAAAGCAAGAUGAAUGCGAUGGAAACGCAGGCCGAACCCCAUUGCAAAGGUUACUAUUUUGUGGGUGAUGCUGUGCUACCUGCCCGAUCAUAUCUGGUAACCACGCGCAAUGUGACCAAAGAUAGUCCAGCCUAUGAGGCGCUUGAGCAGGUCACUGCGCACGCGGAGCAAACGAUUCGCAUAUUAUGCAAUAUGUUCCCAAUACUGGCGCAGCCGCUGCGAGUGAGUGAGAAGCAUAUUUGUGAGGUUGUGCUCGGCUGUGUGGCGCUUUACAACUUCCUGCGCAAAACGGAUGACUCCUUUCGGCGAAACAGUGACAGCAUUGUGCAGCAGCAGCGGGAGCAACAGCAGCUGGCGUACGUCGACAGCGACGACAUCGAUGAUGAUUGUAUUAUGCUGGCCACAGAGGAGGAGCUGCGCGAGCGUGCAGAGUUCACGCCCAGCGUAGGACUGACUACUUGCUUUCAGCCUCUGUGUCCACAACGCGGUGAUACAAAGGAGGGGCUAGAGAAAAAGAACUGGCUGCAGCUGCUACCACUGGAAACAGUGCAGAACGGUGGCUUAUAUUAGUGCAAUUUAUAUAAGUACUUUACGAAUUUUGUAUAGUUCCUUGUUUAAUAUUUCCUAAAUCCACAUUGCUGUCGUUUCCCUCUAUAAUUAAUGCAUCUUUAUUUUGAUUGCCAAGCCUUGAUUAUGUUUCGAGCUUUGUCUUAGUCUCAAUCUCUAUUAUGUACUUUUACAUCUAUGCGAACUUUUGUAAAGUUAGUUUAAUUUUAUUAAAAAUGGUGAAUUCCCUUAGGUAAAUAAUUUUAGCAAAUAUUUGAUAGAACGUUAUGGAUUGUAUUUGCUUCUUCCUCUCUUUCUUAGUCCCCACGAAAUCAAUAUAUUGGGCCUAAGCAGAAUUGCAUAAAAAUUUUUUUUUGUACACGGCGUAAACUCCUUAAUCAAGCAAUUAUUUGAAAACUUAUUUGCCUCUGCGAAUUCGCCAACUGUUCAGUGUAUGAUAUGUGAUGUCUCAAAUCUCCACUGCGCAAUACGAAAGAAAAAAUAUACCCAGUGCUCCUGGGGAGCUUAGCAACCUGCACACGAGCAGCCAAAAAAAAAAAACAAAAAAAAAUAAUAAACUGCAUGAGAUUGUGCAAAAAAAGUUGAUAAGAAACAGAUCAAGAAAGAAGAAUAAAGUUUAGUAUUGGUAUUUAAGCAAGCAACAAAUUAUACAUAAUUAUAUUUACAAUAAAUGUGUAAGAAAUGGUCGUCUUUACCUGUCGAUAUCUCAAAUGAAAA